CAGGCCGCUAGCACCGUUGGGAUAUUUUUAAUUUUUAGUUUUCCUUUUCCAUUAAGUUUUUUUUAAUUCUAAAUAAACUACUAUUAUUUUUUUUAUAUAUGUUUGAAUAAUUUCAAUAAAAAGUAUUAUUUACAAAUUUAAUAAAAAAAUUAUGUCCUAAAUUUCAUUAGAAAAGUUUUUUUUUAUAAAAUUUGGAAAAUUGAGAAAAAAGCAAAUAAAUAAGUUUGUGUAAUACACGCGAAAGUUUUUUAUAUUGAAAAAUUGUAUAAGUGCAAAAGGUCAAAAAUUUUUUAGAAAAAAUUGUUAAUAAAAUCGGAAGAAAAAAAAAGAAAAGCAAAUAAAUAAAUUAGUACAAUGGAUCCCGAAGCAUUUUUGGAUAUGGCCAAUCAGGUCAUAAAAUUAAAAAUGUUCCCAUAUUUUGAUAUUGCACAUAGUUUACUAUCAGCAUUAGCAGUUCGGGAAGAUUUGGGUGCAAAUGCUCAAGCUUUUUCAAGAAAACAUCCACUUGCUUGUUGGUUAUCUACAAUGUUAGUUAUAUUUUCGGGUGCAAUGGUUGCUAAUGGGUUAUUAGGUGAACCAAUAUUGGCUCCUUUGAAAAAUACACCUCAAUUAUUAGUUGGAACAGCUGUUUGGUAUAUGGUGUUUUAUACACCAUUCGACAUUGGUUAUAAAAUUGGUAAAUUCUUGCCAAUUAAAAUUGUUGCAAGUGCAAUGAAAGAAAUUUAUCGAGCAAAAAAAGUGUAUGAUGGUGUUUCACAUGCAGCAAAGUUAUAUCCGAAUGCUUACGUUAUAAUGAUCAUUAUUGGAACAUUGAAAGGCAAUGGAGCAGGUUUUACAAAACUUUUAGAAAGAUUGAUUCGUGGAGCCUGGACUCCAACCGCAAUGGAAUUCAUGCAACCGUCAUUCUAUACAAAAGCUUCAUUGGUUGCAUCAAUUAUUUUUGUGAUUGAUAAAAAAACUGAUUGGAUUUCAGCACCACACGCUCUUGUCUACUUCGGAAUAGUUAUCUUCUUAGUCUAUUUCAAAUUAUCUUCAAUUUUACUGGGAAUUCAUGAUCCUUUUGUACCAUUUGAAAAUUUAUCAUCAGCUAUUUUCUUUGGCGGAAUUUGGGAUAGUUUAGCUAAAAUUUUAGGAAAUCGUGCUGCUGCAAAAGAAGCUGAAGCAAAAGAUGUUAAAAAAUCAAACUAAAUGCGAGAAAGGUUAUUAAAUAACGAUUAUGAUUCGAAAAUAUUUUCCAAUUAAAAAAAAAAUAAAUCCCAUUUUUUGUUCUAGCAACAGUAAAAUAGUGCCUACCUUGCCUUGAAUUUUAAUUUUUAGUUCCAAAAAUAUAAAAUAGAUUUUAUAUUAAUUUUUCGACAUUUUUAGUUAUUUGAGUUUUUUUUAAAUAAUUUUUCCUGAUAAUUGGGAAUGUUAAAAAAUUCUUCUUAAUGAUGAGUACAAUGUUAUACAUAGUGGGAAUGUAUUCAUCACUGACAAGAAUUAAAAUAUUUGUCAUACAUAAUAAAUUAUAAAAUCCUAAAAAUCAAUUAACUAAGAACAGAAUAUAUAUAUAUAUAAAAAAAAAGAAAAAAAAAACGAAACCAAAGUUAAAUUAGAAAAAAUUUUUUAUAAAGGCAGGAUUUAAUUUUAAGGAUCAUUUUAUAAUCUGUACAUGAAAACAAUUGUUUGUUAAACAAAUUUUAUGUAUAUUACAAAUUUGUAUGUAUCACUACAUACAUAAAUGAAAAAAACUAUCAAAAACAUAAUAUGUGAAAUUUAUUUAUUCUUUUUGAGAUUGCAAAAAGUAAAUUUUUAAUAAAGUCUUUUGGGAUACAAAAGCUAUCUGUUUAUUAACACUAAAA